UCACGAAGUCCUGACCUCAAGUGAGGUCACCUCGGCUUCCCAAAGUGAGCCACCAUGCCUGGCCAGCCCUGGACUGUUGAGGUUGUGGGAGGGCUCUUCAAUUUAACAAAAAUUUACUGAUACUUGUUCCUUACCAGACACAGAAGUGAGGUCUAAGGCUGCAUGGGUGAAUAAGAAACAUUCUCUGGGAGCCCACAGUACAAUGGAGAAGAUGAACACAUACACAGAUGCCUUUAAUAAACAGAUAUAAAUGCAGUGAUACAAGAACAUCCAAGAUAAUACGGAACGAGUAAGCAGACCACACUCAGAUGGGGUCAGGGCCAGGAGGAGCUUUUCAGGGAAGGGCUCCUCAUUGUCGUUGAUUAUAAUUUAAGGGAUGAGGAAAAAGGUGAAAAGGUGGAAGAGGCCAAAGGGAGGGUCAUUCCAGACAAGUCAGUGCAAACAAAGACACAACAGAAGUAGCUCCAUGUGUGUAGGAGAGCUGCAAGGCACGUUCAUGAUAUAAAGGGUGUGGAGCAAAUUGGGGGAGCUUGUUGAGGAUCUCUAUGCCUGGCCGGGGGCACUGUGGGUGGGGAAAAGCCUGUGAGCAAGCUCAGAGGGAAGGCCUGACCUCCCAGCCCAUUGGCAGUGCUCUGCGUGUGCCCGCCUCUCCCCCAGCGAACUGUUGUUCCUCAUUCCUUAGCUCCAUCUGCACAGUUGGAGAUUGGCAUUAAGGGGCUCUGAGGGAACCUUGUGAGGACUUGUCCUUCCCUUUGUUGGUCAGUGGCCACCUGGUGUCUGAAGAGAACUGCUGGCAGCUGCAGUGCCUCUGCUAUAGCCAGGCUAUCCCAGCUGCUCACAGACCUCACGCUCAGCCAUCCUUCUCCCUCCACUGGCCUUGACCCAGACUUUCCCUGGCAUUCUGACUAGGGAACCAGGACCCCUGCUCCUGGGGUCUGGACACAGACCUUCCAGAAACACAGAUGAAGAGCCCUGGCAAUGCUUGUCAGGGGCAUAUCCUCACCCUGGCUCAAGAAAUUGCAGGCUGUCAGCAUGAAUCACAGCUGGGCCUUUCAUAUUCAGUUCCACAUUCUCCUCUCCCCACUGAACAAAGUGGAGAGGGACUGGGAUCCCAGGCUAGGCGGGAUGCUAUGUUGUUUGUGACAGCCACUCUACCCUCCGCCACCCCAUCCCCCACUUCCCUGCCUUUCACAGCCUAUUUGCCUGGUUGGUACCCAGUAAACUUCACAGCAGGACUGAUGUUUGCCAUGUUUCCAGGCCUCUUCAUGCCACUACUGAUAGAGGAGCCACCAUCCCUGGUCUCCAUCCUGAUGUCAUGUGGAGGUCUUCUACUAUCUGUGGAUAAUGAUAGAGUUACUGCUGACAAGGCAGCCUGAAGCUUUAAAGUGUAUCCAUGCGUUCAACAAAGAUUGUUGCAGGCUGUCUGGUAUUCUACGUUGGUGCCCCAAGGUUCUGUGCCUUUGAGGGGAAAUUUCCGCAGAGAGACAGUUUGUUGGCCAAUAGCUCCACAGCAGCCUAACACUCCCCUUCUCCUUCCAGUAAAGAAGACCUACCGUGUGAAGCUACUCUCCCUGCUCAGCCUACAGACUAAAGUCUAGACUCUGCAGUCUGCCUGUCACCUCCUCUCCCACCAUAUAUCCCCGCUUCGGUGUAUCCUCUUCAGGCGCCUGGAGCUGCACCUCAUUCCAUGAAGGCACCUGUAUGUGUGUGUGAUUUAUGGUUGUGUACGUGCUCUCCACUUGGUCAAGGACCACUUUUGUCAGCAUACUGUUCUUUCUUCAAGGCUCAGCUUCUUCAACUAGCCCUGCCCACUUUCUGCAGAGUCAGCCCCUUCCUCUUGUGCUCCCACAUUGCCUCUUGCUCAAAAGUACUUACCAUAACCUUUCCAGGCCCAGCUCCUUCCAGGGGCGAGCCACCACCUCAAAACUCAUUUUAUUUGCAAAAUAAAUAGCCCUCAGCAUUGUAGAGGGAAUGGCCCAAAACCUUAGACCCAGUUCAAGGCUCCACUUUGCGGUGAUCAUCUUGCUCAAGUUUUCACCACAGCCUUGCCUAGCCUGGGCUACUCUUAGGGCAGGCCUGGAAGGAAGUGCAGCUUCCUGAAUUAGCUGAUGUUUGGUAAGUGGUGGUGGAGGAAAAGGGUGGGGCUUGAGGAUAUUAUAACUCAGGUCACCCCUGAAUGUCACUUUUGGUCAUUGGGGUGCCUCAUAUUGCCAGACAAGAGCUCAGACCUGAGGAGAGUGGCCAGCUUCUGUGUGUCCCAGGUGGCCAGCCUCCACUGUGGAAGCUCAUGGACUCCGUUGGAUCUGCAGGGUUGCGGCAGGGGGAAGAAGCCCUGAGUUACCCUGAGGAGGGCUUGCCCGGGCCCUCAGACAGCUCAGAGCUGGUGCAGGAGUGCCUGCAGCAGUUCAAGGUGACAAGGGCACAGCUACAGCAGAUCCAAGCCAGCCUCUUGGGUUCCAUGGAGCAGGCGCUGAGGGGACAGGCCAGCCCUGCCCCUGCGGUCCGGAUGCUGCCUACAUACGUGGGCUCCACCCCACAUGGCACUGAGCAAGGAGACUUCAUGGUGCUGGAGCUGGGGGCCACAGGGGCCUCACUGCGUGUUUUGUGGGUGACUCUAACUGGCAUUGAGGGGCAUAGGGUGGAGCCCAGAAGCCAGGAGUUUGUGAUCCCCCAAGAGGUGAUGCUGGGUGCUGGCCAGCAGCUCUUUGACUUUGCUGCCCACUGCCUGUCUGAGUUCCUGGACACGCAGCCUGUGAGCAAACAGGGUCUGCAACUUGGCUUCAGCUUCUCUUUCCCUUGUCACCAGACGGGCCUGGACAGGAGCACCCUCAUUUCCUGGACCAAAGGUUUUAGGUGCAGUGGUGUGGAAGGGCAGGAUGUGGUCCAGCUGCUGAGAGACGCCAUUCAGAGGCAUGGGGCCUACAACAUCGACGUGGUUGCCGUGGUGAACGACACAGUGGGCACCAUGAUGGGCUGUGAGCUGGGAGCCAGGCCGUGUGAGGUUGGGCUAGUUGUAGACACGGGCACCAAUGCAUGUUACAUGGAGGAGGCGCGGCACGUGGCAGUGCUGGAUGAAGACCGGGGCCGCGUCUGUGUCAGCGUCGAGUGGGGCUCCUUCAGUGAUGUUGGGGCGCUGGGGCCAGUGCUGACCACCUUCGACCACACCCUGGACCAUGAGUCCCUGAAUCCUGGUGCUCAGAGGUUUGAGAAGAUGAUUGGAGGCCUGUAUCUGGGUGAGUUGGUGCGGCUGGUGCUGGCUCACUUGGCCCAGCGUGGGGUCCUCUUUGGUGGCGGCACCUCCCCUGCCCUGCUGAGUCGAGGCAGCAUCCUCCUGGAACACGUGGCUGAGAUGGAGGACCCCUCUGCUGGGGCAGCCCGUGUCCGUGCUAUCCUGCAGGACUUGGGCCUGAGCCCUGGGGCUUCGGAUGUUGAGCUUGUGCAGCACGUGUGCACGGCCGUAUGCACGCGGGCUGCCCAGCUCUGUGCUGCCGCCCUGGCCGCUGUUCUCUCCCACCUCCAGCACAGCCGGGAGCAACAAACACUCCAGGUCGCUGUGGCCACUGGAGGCCGAGUGUGUGAGCGGCACCCCAGGUUCUGCGGCAUCCUGCAGGGGACAGUGAUGCUCCUGGCCCCGGAAUGCGAUGUCUCCUUCAUCCCCUCUGCGGAUGGUGGUGGCCGGGGAGUGGCGAUGGUGACUGCCGUGGCUGCCCGUCUGGCUGCCCACCGGCGCCUGCUGGAGGAGACCCUGGCCCCGUUCCGGUUAAACCACGAUCAGCUGGCAGCGGUUCAGGCACAGAUGCGGAAGGCCAUGGUCAAGGGGCUCCGAGGGGAGGCCUCCUCCCUUCGCAUGCUGCCCACUUUUGUCCGGGCCACGCCUGACGGCAGCGAGCGAGGGGAUUUCCUGGCCCUGGACCUCGGGGGCACGAACUUCCGUGUCCUCCUGGUACGUGUGACCACAGGUGUGCAGAUCACCAGCCAGAUCUACUCCAUUCCUGAGAGUGUGGCCCAGGGCUCUGGGCAGCAGCUCUUUGACCACAUUGUGGACUGCAUCGUGGACUUCCAGCAGAAGCAGGGCCUGAGUGGGCAGAGCCUCCCACUGGGUUUUACCUUCUCCUUCCCAUGUAGGCAGCUUGGCCUGGACCAGGGCAUCCUCCUGAACUGGACCAAGGGUUUUAAUGCAUCAGACUGUGAGGGCCAAGAUGUCGUGAAUCUGUUGCGGGAAGCCAUCACGCGCAGACAGGCAGUGGAGCUGAAUGUGGUUGCCAUUGUCAAUGACACGGUGGGGACCAUGAUGUCCUGUGGCUAUGAGGACCCCCGUUGCGAGAUAGGCCUCAUUGUCGGAACCGGCACCAAUGCCUGCUACAUGGAGGAGCUCAGGAAUGUGGCGGGCGUGCCUGGGGACUCAGGCCGCAUGUGCAUCAACAUGGAGUGGGGUGCCUUUGGGGACGAUGGCUCUCUGGCCAUGCUCAGCACCUGCUUUGAUGCAAGUGUGGACCAGGCGUCCAUCAACCCCGGCAAGCAGAGGUUUGAAAAGAUGAUCAGCGGCAUGUACCUGGGGGAGAUCGUCCGCCACAUCCUUUUACAUUUAACCAGCCUUGGCGUUCUCUUCCGGGGCCAGCAGACCCAGCGCCUUCAGACCAGGGACAUCUUCAAGACCAAGUUCCUCUCUGAGAUCGAAAGCGACAGCCUGGCCCUGCGGCAGGUCCGAGCCAUCCUAGAGGAUCUGGGGCUGCCCCUGACCUCAGAUGAUGCCCUCAUGGUGCUAGAGGUGUGCCAGGCCGUGUCCCAGCGGGCUGCCCAGCUCUGUGGGGCGGGUGUAGCUGCUGUGGUGGAGAAGAUCCGGGAGAACCGGGGCCUGGAAGAGCUGGCAGUGUCUGUGGGGGUGGAUGGAACGCUCUACAAGCUGCACCCGCACUUCUCCAGCCUGGUGGCAGCCACGGUGCGGGAGCUGGCCCCUCGCUGUGUGGUCACGUUCCUGCAGUCAGAGGAUGGGUCCGGCAAAGGUGCAGCCCUGGUCACCGCUGUUGCCUGCCGGCUUGCACAGUUGACUCGUGUCUGAGGAAAUCUCCAGGCUGAGGAGGCUCCACCGCAGCCUUGCUGGACCUGCGUCGGGGUCUGCCUGUUUCCCAGCCAGGCCCAGCCACCCAGGAUUCCCGGGACAUCCCACGUGUGACCCCUCUGUGGCCAUCUGGCCUUUCUCCCUGGCUUUCCCCGAGAGAAGUAGCACUCCGGUUAGCAAUAUAUAUAUAUAAUUUAUUUACA